CCCGUGCAGGAGAGAGAGCAUAUCAAGAGGCAAACGGGGAAAGGGAGAGAGAGAUAGCAGCCAGUGUGACAGAUAAGAGCGUGGCACAACUCUCCCUGACUAGCACUGUGGGCCAGGGAAAGAUAGAGAGCAAGUGCACCAGAGUGUCAGGCAAGGCUGCAGCCUGCACACACACAAACACACUCACACAGACCCCAAAGCCUUGCUGCAACAGAAGAAGUUCAGAGGGAAGAUUGACUCCAGGAAGGUGACAGAAGUUUCCUCCUUGGAUUACCUCACAUGUUAUGGAUUUCCUCACACUGCCCCUUCUUGUCCUGUAGAGAAGUUGUUUGUCUCCCCCCUCUAGACAAACUUGCCUUGUGUUUACAGCCUGAGGGAGGAUGGAGGAGCUGUCAGGGAAAGACAAGGAGCUGAUACGAGGAAGCUGGGAGAGCCUGGGCAAGAAUAAAGUUCCUCAUGGUGUCAUCAUGUUUUCCAGACUGUUUGAGCUGGACCCUGCGCUCCUCACUCUUUUCAACUACAAUACAAACUGUGGCUCCACACAAGACUGCCUCUCCAGCCCUCAGUUCCUGGAACAUGUCACCAAGGUGAUGCUUGUGAUCGAUGCAGCAGUCAGCCACCUGGACGACCUUCACUCCUUGGAGGACUUUCUGCUCAACCUUGGGAGGAAGCAUCAGGCGGUUGGAGUCAACACACAGUCAUUCGCUGUGGUGGGUGAGUCCCUCCUCUACAUGCUGCAGUGCAGUCUGGGUCAGGCCUACACAGCACCACUGCGUCAAGCCUGGCUCAACAUGUACAGCAUUGUGGUAGCAGCCAUGAGCCGAGGCUGGGCCAAGAACGGGGAAGACAAGGCGGACUGAGGCACACGGCAGGUGCUGCUGAGCAGUUGCUGUCAAAUCACUCGACAUGGUUGCCAUGGAAUAAGGCUGUGUAACUUACAGCAUUGUGGCUUUGGCUGCUGUACAUUUGCUCUGUGAGUGGGGUCGCAUAGCGUAGCAAAUGUUCGGUGUGGUUACUAUUGGAUCAACCAAUCACAGAGUUUAUUUUCUUUGCUGUGGAUGUUUAGCUGCCAGGCAAUGCUGCUGUUAAGCUGUGAGGACCUGAGCCAGCCUGCUUCACUUCCUCCAAGUUUCGGACCUGAAGUCUGAGCGCCUCUCUAUGAGAUAAAGGAUAACUGUUAAGUCUCUAUGUAUAUAAUGAGUUGAUAUAUCUACUCAAAUUAUAACAGUGACUGUAGUGGUCUUUGUGAUGUAUCUUAAAACAGGUGAUAGAUCAUAUAUUUAGGCAUCACACACUACAGACUGUUGUGUUACUGUGGCCAGCAUGGGCAGCUCUCUUUCUAACUGGAACACAGUGAUACUUUACAAAACAUCUUCAAAGUGUUAUGACAUAUGGAAUAUACAGAAGAAAAUCCUAUCCAACUUAAACUAUUACUGUGCUUUCUAUUAUUAUUAUUAUUAUUAUUAUAACAUAUUCGUACUCCUUUUUUUUUUAGUGUGUAAGACUUUAUCUAACAGUAACCCAUUGAUAAGCAAAUUAAAAACAUCUUUAUAUACUGACAAGAACUGUUAUACUCUGAUAGCUUUCUUCGGAGAACAAUGACUGUUAAGGCGUGCAAGUUCACCUCACUCAACUCAGUGUGUGAUAUUCACUUUAGUAAAGGCUGUGAGUAUUCCCAUAGGCUUCAGCUGACUGUUAGACUCUUAAUCAUAGACUGUUAUGCGACCUUUAUAACGUUUUAAAGUAAAGGGCAUCUUAGAGGCAGUAUACAAUCUUUGUUCUGUACCUAUCCGUCUCCAGUCAUUGUAUUGAAGUAGUAGAUUUGUUGUACUGUAAUCGCUUCUCUCAGUAUUGCUAAUCAUCCGUGUUAUUGUGGCUACAAACAUACUAUAGCUUUAGCUUUGGAGGUGAAGAUGAGCAGCUUAGUGUUAGUUAUUUGUUUUUCCUCCCACACAUCGUAUCCUCAUUAACAUAAAGAAAAUGUGAACAUUUGUUUUUGAUUAUAAAACAAAGACAAACUGAAUUUAUGAACAAAGAUUAUUUCUGCCAUUCUGCCGUGUGUAUCAUCCGCAGCUCUUAUUUACAUUCAUAGUCAUAAUGCCAAGUAACUUAGCAACAGGGUGCCAGUUAUAGAGAAUAACAGCAUACAGUACAACUGUUUAAUCCAAGUCUGCGUUUACUUGGACAAAGUUUAUUUUUAUAUAGUAUGAAAUAUUUGUGUAGUUAAGAGCGUUGACUUUUUUAAUGUGAGUACAUCAUCCAGAUGUUUUAAUUUGUUGACCCUGCUUUGUUUACCCUUAUUCAUGUGCAAUUGUUAGAGGACAUUUAAAAAAAGAAAAAGCUGAGUUUUAUUGAGCAUUUCUACCCCUGCAGAUGAUGUUAACUCUCCAGUCUGCAGGUAUAAUGUUUAUUAACUCACUGUGUAGGUGGUGUAUUUAUAGCAAUUCAGUACUCAGCCCAAUGCAGGUUGUCGUUCUCCAUGUUUUUUUGUUUUUUUUUAUAACCUGACAUUGCAGACAUGACUGACAUCUGGCAUGUUAUCUUUUUAACACCCAGCUCUGUACAUAUUGCCUGUGUCACUGUCUACCUCAUCAUUAUCAGCUGCUACUAUACAACGAUGACUUCACCCAGUUAUCCUUCAACCAAAAACGCACAAUAUUGUUAUGAUUAUUUAAAGUGUAAAUGCAAUUACUCACUCUUUGUAAGCUGAAUUCCAUCCUACACUUAAAAAAAAAAAACAUGUUUUGUGCUUACUUGAAACUAAAUAAAGUGAUAUGUGGAU